AUGCGUUCUCUUUUAUUUUUCUCACUUUCCGUUGUUUUUACUUAUGCCGGAAUUGUGAAUCGGAUGAAAGAAGACGACGAUAAUCUGAAAUUUUCCUUCGGAACCAUUGAGAGUGGACAAAACUAUGGAGCUCGUCCAUAUUUACAAAUUCCGGUUGAUGGAGAGAAGCUAACCGUUCCCAAGGCUUUUUACCAUUAUUCUGAAAACGAAAUGUCAGCUGGAGCAAGUUUCGGACUUCCAGAUGAAACACGUCUUCUAGACACAGAUGGACUUUUUGUGAAUAAUCGAAAAGAAAUCAAUGGAAUCUAUCUGCCAAUUCCAAAUAUGGACCCUAUUAAUCUACAUUUUGUGAAUCAAAAAGUUUUCGAAAAAGGAAUCGACACUCGAGCACAUGAGGAAUCACCAGAAAGUGUGCUACAUAGAGCAAAAAUGAUAUGUCUAACAGGAAGUGAGUUUGAAUGUGAACGACAGCUUCUGAAAUAUCAUCGAGCGAAAAGUGAAACGCUUCGAAGAGAAAGAAUGCCGCUUCAUGAACAACUUAUGGAAUUGGGGCAACUAUCUUCAUCAGCCAAGAUCCAUGAUAAAGAGGGAAAUGGAAUGGGUGUUGUUGUUGGAAUGCCAGGAUACGAUCCAUUGUACAUUGGAGCAAACCUUGGACAUGACAAUGAUCAGGAUUUGAAUAUUCGAUUUGCUCCACCGGCAUAA